UCCUGGUUCAUCUCUCCCCUACUGUCAGGAAUGAUGUCAGGGUUCCUCUUCUUUCUCAUCAGACACUUCAUCCUGAAUCAGGAUGACCCGGUGCCCAACGGUCUCCGUGCCCUGCCAGUGUUCUACGCCUCAACAAUAGGCAUCAACGCCUUCUCCAUCCUUUACACAGGAGCACCAUUGCUAGGUCUGGAGAUGUUACCGGUGUGGGCUAUAGCUCUGAUCACGCUGGCGGGGGCUCUGGUCUGUGCUGCCGUGGUCUGGUUUGCUGUCUGCCCCUGGAUGAGACGGAAGAUAGCAA